AUGGGCACUCCGGCCAAACCUAUGCUCAAGAUCGACACGACGGCGUUUGUGCUGCCGAACCUGGCCGGCAAUCUUCCGACAAGCAUAAUUGAUCGAAACAUUCUUGAUAAGCUGCCAAAUAUGCCAUUGGCAGAUCCGUCGUUUUUCCAGCCGUCUCAGAUAGACCUUCUUCUAGGUGCGGAUAUUCUUCCGUCUGUCCUGCUAUCGGGCUGGAGGCCAAACAUAUCCAUAGAGUCCGAAGCAAACAUGGAAACACUUCUCACAAAAUUUUGGGAGGUGGAGGACCUUCCAUGUAGACUGGUAAAGGAGACGGACAAGUUGUGUGAAGACUUUUUCGUCCGAACAACUACCAGAUCCUGCGACGGGAAAUAUAUAGUACCCCUGCCCUUCAAAGAUUCAGAGCACAUUGACUUGGGGCAUUCCAUGAGUUCCGCACUCGCACAGUUUCUGAGGAAUGAGACUCGCUUGAAGAAGGAGCCCGCUCUCAAAGACACUUAUGACUCAUAUUUAAGCCCGAAAUUGCGACCACGAAAGUUCGCGUACUUUUCAACGCAUCAACCUUCUUCCAAUGGGAACAGCCUUAAUGACAUUCUGUAUCCAGGGCCAGUACUGCAGUCCGAUCUCACUCUUCAAAUCCUGAAGUGGCGGACGUUUAAAUUCGUUUUCAAUGCCGACAUCACCAAGAUGUAUCGGCAAAUUCUCCUAAACCAAGAGCACACUCCGUUUCAGAGAAUUCUCUUUCGAAAUGGCCAAGGGGAUAUAUCCGACUUCGAGCUUCAGACGGUCACGUUUGGAGUGAAUUGUGCCCCUUUCCUGGCCCUACGAACACUGCAACAAUUGUCCGACGAUGUCAACGCCCAAUAUCCACGGGCGUCGCAUAUAAUUUCAAAUUAUAUGUAUGUCGACGAUGUGCUAGCAGGAGCCCAUACAGAGGCUGAAGCUAUUUUAGUCAUUCGGGAGCUGCAAGCAGCUCUGGACUCAUCUGGAUUCCCUCUCCGCAAGUGGACAUCGAAUGAACGUGCACUCCUUAAAGCACUUCCUAAAGAGCAUCUACUUUCGACUGAUUUUCUUGAUCUCGAAGAGGUCAGCACCACUAAGACAUUGGGAGUACGGUGGAACGCUACGACGGAUGAGUUCUAUUUUGUCCCAACAGAGGUCACCAUUCAGGCAAACUAUUCGAAACGCGGCGUCUUAUCCCAAAUCACGAAAUUGUUCGACCCAGCUGGGUGGCUCUCCCCAUUUGUGGUUCAGGCCAAAAUCCUGAUGCAGGAUAUCUGGUUAGCCAGCGUCGAAUGGGAUGAGUUUCUUCCUGCAGAACUACUACAUCGCUGGCAUGAUUUCCUUCGGAGCUACAGUUUCCUCCACCAAGUUCGCAUCCCGCGUUGGGUACAGGGUACAAGUCCAGGUGUACAAGUCCAAAUCCAUGGUUUCUGCGAUGCCUUCCAAAAGGCUUAUGGCGCAGCGAUUUACGUGCGCAUCCAGCGUGAUGGAAUCAUUUCAUCAAAUCUUCUAACGUCAAAGACCAAAGUCACUCCGGUAAAAACCGUCUCGCUCCCGCGUCUAGAACUGUGUGGAGCCGUCCUUCUGACAGACUUGUGGACUGCAAUUCUGCCUCAGAUUCCUUUCGGUCGUAUAGAAUCUUUUCUAUGGACUGAUUCCACUAUUGUGCUGGCAUGGUUGAACAAGCCACCAUGUCAGUGGACGACCUUCGUCGCAAAUAGAGUCACAAAAAUCGCUCAAAAUACUGAUGCCAGCCAGUGGUCUCACGUGCGUUCCGAGCACAACCCAGCAGAUCUAGCCAGUCGUGGAGUAGCGACUGAAGAGUUAGCUACCAGUGAGCUAUGGUUGCAUAUGCCUUUAUGGCUAACUCAGCCACAAGACUCCUGGCCUGCACCUUAUGAAUCUGUUUCCGACAUCGACAUCGAGAAGCGACCCAUACGUUGCCAUUUAGCAUGCCCGGAGCAGGACAUGCUUGAGCGGUUCUCCAAGCUCGAUAAGGCACUACGAGUUUUCGCCUAUGUUCAGCGCUUCAUCCAAAAACGCAAAAACGACCUAUUCCAGGCGAGCUGCAGCUAUCCAAUACAGAGAUUUCCACAGCUGAGCGACUCCUAA